UCUUAAGUCCCGUCAUGCGUUUCGUUUCCGUUUAUCAGUGGGCGCGUUUAUGCGCCAAUCUAGAAAGUCAAUAGUUUUGGAUUAUUACUGUUUAAUUAAAACGUGCUUUUUAAAAUGAAAAGACGGUAGAAUGUUUGUCGUGAAUGUUCCCAUUCAACUGCUGUAUUUUUCAGUCAUUGUUUACGUUUUGUCAGUCUGUCCCGCUCAAAACUGAAGGCCUCCACGUUUUCUUGUGAAUCCUUACGGGGAGGGGAGCAUAGCGAACUUUAUUAACUGUUUAUUUUAUCAAGGAGGCCCGAACAGUCCACUGCCGUCGGAACGAUGGCGGGCUUUAAUUUUGGAAGCGGAGCUCUCGGUUCUACUGCCGCAGGAGAAGGAUUUACAUUUGGGGCCUCGACCAGUGCCCCUGCAGCUACAGGAGGUUUUAGCUUUGGAGGUCUUACUUCAAAUACUACUACAACUACUUCUUCUUUGGGACUGGGAAACAGCCUGUUUGCUCAGAAACCUACUACAGGAUUCUCUUUUGGAGGAAGCAAUACAGGAACUGCUUCAACCAGUACUACAAGUACUGGCUUAAGUUUAGGAUUUAACAAACCAGCUGCAUCAGCAACCCCAUUUAGUUUGCCAGUUUCUUCAUCUUCUGGUGGAGGUCUUUCUCUUGUUUCAACGCUGACAUCUUCUGCACCUUCAGCAGCUACAUCAGGGUUUUCAUUUAACCUAGGGGGCACACCUACCACAUCUUCAGCACCAUCUGCUGUACUGUCUUUGGGAUCUACAGGUUUAGGCAGUAGUCUUUUUGCAGCCCCUUUUGCUUCAGGACAGGGACAAAAUACUCUUGGAUUAGGCCUAUCUUCUAUAGGUACUACAACUGCCUCUUCAGUCAGUGAAGGACUUGGUGGAGUUGAUUUUAGCAGUUCAUCAGAUAAAAAAACUGACAAAUCCUCUGGAACACGUCCCGAGGAUAGUAAAGCACUAAAGGAUGAAAACCUACCAACUCUAAUCUGUCAAGAUGUGGAUAAUUUUCAGAAAUUUGUUAAAGAACAGAAGCAGGUUCAAGAAGAAAUAAGCCGUAUGUCUUCUAAAGCGAUGCAGAAAGUUCAGGAAGAUAUCAAAAGUCUAAAACAGAUCUUGUCUGUAGCAGCUAGUGGCAUUCAGAGAAACAGCUUGUCCAUCGAUAAGUUAAAAAUUGAAACUGCACAGGAGUUAAAGAAUGCUGAUAUUGCACUUCGAACGCAAAAAACGCCCCCAGGUCUUCAACAUGAAAAUACAACCCCAUCAGACUAUUUUAGAGCACUUGUAGAACAAUUUGAGGUACAGUUGCAACAGUAUCGACAGCAGAUAGAAGAACUUGAAAAUCACCUUACCACUCAAGCCAACAGCUCUCAUAUAACACCUCAAGAUCUAUCUUUGGCAAUGCAGAAGCUUUAUGAGACAUUCGUUGCUUUAGCAGCUCAACUUCAUGCAGUGCAUGAAAAUGUAAAGAUUUUAAAACAUCAAUAUCUUGGCUACAGAAAAGCUUUUUUGGAAGAUACUACUGAUGUAUUUGAAUCGAAAAGGGCAACCAAUAAGAAAUGGUCAGGAUCUCCUCGGGUCACUACUGGACCAGCUCCUUUCAGCAGUAUUCCCAAUGCAGCAGCUGUUGCCAUGGCUGCAACUCUAACACAGCAGCAGCAGCCUGCUACAGGGCCUCAGCCAGCACUGGGAGUUAGUUUUGGUGCACCAUUCGGCUCCGGUAUUGGCACUGGGCUGCAAUCAAGCGGCUUAGGCUCUUCAAGCUUUGGAGCAUUUGGCAGUGGCCCGGGUUUUGGAGGUGGUUCUACAGGAAGUUCCACAUUUGGAUUUGGUUCUGCAAACAAACCCUCAGGGAGUCUAAGUGCAGGAUUUGGCAGCUCAAGUACUUCCGGAUUUAACUUCAGCAGCCCUGGCAUAACAGCAUCGGCGGGUCUAACCUUUGGUGUGUCCAAUCCUUCUUCUACUAGCUUCAGUACAGGUGGACAAAUGCUUCAGUUGAAAAAACCUCCAGCUGGAAACAAGAGGGGCAAAAGAUAGACUUUAAAAUAAAAGGGAGUAGACUUAAUAUAGUGUUUCUAGUGCUCAUUUCUGUAUUGUUAGCUUCUAAGAUAUCUAUUUUUUUAUGUGUCUGUGUAUAUAUGUAUAGAAUUGGAGAUAAACAAGACCACACUGUGUGGAUUCAUUUUUGAUGUUUUCCUAAUUCGUGUUUGGUUUGAAGCCAAGGUUUUCUAUUUGGGAGAGGGUCAAAAACAUCUUUCUACAAAUUAAUGUUUUCAGAGUUUUUUUAUUAUUAUCAAACAACUUUGUUUUAACCAAAUAACUGGUAAAUAUGUGUCUUUACAGAAAAUGUGUUGAUGCCCAAAGUUUGCUACAAGUACAGGUCUCAUCUUUAGGAGUAAAGACAUUUGGCUUGUAAUGAAGCAAUUGUAAAUGUCACAUGUAAUAAACCAAUCAAUGAAACAGUUUUACCAAAGUGAAAAAAAUCACAUACUUUGAAUAGUUGAAUGUCAAACUUUUUUUUUUUUCUUGCAUUACUUGGUAUAGAUUCAACUAAAAAUAUACUUCUUGCAAACUGUGCAUUAAGGAUGUGUAAUGUAAGUAAGAGGAAACUCUUAUGCAGUGAUGCUUAAAUAUUUGAUUUUUUUUUUUAUCCCAGCGUAUAAAAAUUAACCAUUAAACUCUCUUAUUUACAGCAUAAGCUUUACCACAUAUAUGGUAUUUUCAUGGGCAGGUUGCAUAACACAAGUUAGUAUGCAUAUUUCUGAUUUGCUUGCAGAUAUAGUGCAAGUACUGAAAUCAUCACAAAAAACAUGCAGAUGCCGGAGUAUGUUUGUUCAUUUUGUCCUAGUUCAUGUUUUUUUUGUAAAUUUUAUUUUGCAUAAAAACUCAGCAUGCCACGUACUAUAGAAACAAUUCUUUUUAGAAGAGCAAUGAAAGUAAGUGAUGCUGGAAAAAGUAAUAUGUUCUUUGAGUUACAAAGACUGCAAAUAUAUGCACAUAUGAGUAUGUGAUCAUGUUCUGCUUAAAGUUUUAGUAAACAAAUGUAAUGCUUUUUAAUGCAUGGACAUGUAUAACAGUAUUUUGCUUCUCGGAUAUGGAAAGUAGGCUUUGAUUUUAUUCCAUUUUUCUAUGGUUUUCCAUCAAGCAACUUCCUAAAUGAAUUUCUUGACCCACUGAAUCAGUAUAUUUAGAAGACAUGAUCUUGGUUAUAAUUUUUAAUGGUAUAAAUACUACUUGUUUAAUGUUAGAUUGUGCAUAAUAUUACAAGGUCAUUUUGACUGUAUGUGUUGCGAAAACAAUGGGGGUUCAAUCAUAGUAGCUUUCUUAACUGUGGACCUUUUUACAAAAGUAAAUAUUGUUUAUUUCCUAAACGAAAUUUUGAAUUUUUGUGUUUUGUGUUUCUUUUUUUUUCCCCCUUUCUCUUCCCUUCCCCUCACUUGCUGGGCUAAUCAGACACACUUGUUUUGGUAUUCUUGUGAGAAUUAGCUGCUGUUAUGUUUUUAUUAUACAAUAGUAGUUGUUUCAUUUUUCUUCCUCCUAAUUUGUGAAUGUGUUUGUUAAAUUGCCAAUUGAUGCAGUUCUUGUUUUCAUCAGGUGGGGCAUCUUUUCUUUUUGUUACACAAAUUGAACACAGUUUGCUAUACUUGUAUCAAUAUGUAUGUUGAAAAACUGUAUUUUCUCAGUUAGACAUAACAGAUUUAAUAAAAAAAAAAAAAAAUACGCAAUACAAUGUAGAGUGCCUGUGA